AUGUCUGAGCCCAUCAGAAAUAAGAAGGCGGACUUCCCGGUUGCACCGACCCCGCAAAACACACCGGCCAACAAUGCUCCCAUCUCUUCUCACGCCCAGCAGCCUGGUGUAUCCAGCAUCGAGGAGGAAUCCCUUGACAAAGCUGCCGCUGCCUCGCUCUUCGCCCGCAACCCUGCUCUGGUCUCUAUGAUCCAAGGCAAGUUGGGUCAACUUGUCGGUCGCUCAUCAGGCUACAUCGAAUCUCUCCCCCCCUCCGUCCGCCGCCGUGUCGCUGGCCUGAAGGGUAUCCAGAAGGAGCACUCCAAGUUGGAGGCUCAGUUCCAAGAGGAGGUUCUGGAACUCGAGAAGAAGUACUUUGGCAAGUUUACGCCCCUGUACCAGCGUCGCUCUACUAUCGUCAAUGGCGGUGUUGAGCCGACCGAGGCCGAGAUUGAGGCCGGAAAGGAGGACGAGGAGAGUGACGAUGAGGAGACUAAGGAAGAGACCAAGAAGGAGGAGGCUGAGACCAUGAACGGCAUCCCCGAGUUCUGGCUUUCUGCUAUGAAGAACCAGAUCUCGCUUGCUGAGAUGAUCACCGAGCGCGAUGAGGAGGCUCUUAAGCACCUCACCGACAUUCGCAUGGAGUACCUUGACCGACCCGGAUUCCGCCUCAUUUUCGAGUUCUCCGAGAACGAGUUCUUCACCAACAAAACCCUCACCAAGUCAUACUUCUACAAGGAUGAGAGUGGAUACGGUGGCGAUUUCAUUUAUGACCACGCCGAUGGAUCCCAGAUUGACUGGAAGGAGGACAAAGACCUGACCCUCCGCCUGGAGAGCAAGAAGCAGCGCAACAAGAACACCAAGCAGACCCGCGUUGUUAAGAUUAGUGUGCCUACCGAGUCCUUCUUCAACUUCUUCUCGCCCCCACAGCCACCCACCGAGGAUGACGAUUCAGUCGCCAGCGAUAUUGAAGAGCGUCUGGAGCUUGAUUACCAGCUUGGUGAGGAUAUCAAGGAAAAGCUCAUUCCCCGUGCCAUUGACUGGUUCACCGGUGAGGCUCUCCAGUUCGAGGAGCUCGGUGAGGAUAUGGAGGAUGAUGAGUUCGAGGAUGAGGAUGAUGAGGAUGAGGAGGACGAUGAUGAGGACGAGGAGGAUCUCGGCUCGGACCGUGAGGUGGACGAGGAGGACACAGACGAAGAGGAUGGUACUUCCAAGCCCAAGAAGGAGGCCGCCGAGUGCAAGCAAAACUAA